GUGACGCUCCUGACGUCACCAACCUUCAUCAACAAGCAGCAUGGCGGAGCCGACGGUCCGGAUGUCUGGGAUAGUUUUAGCUUCUCUAAUGUUUCAGCAUGUUAACAGCGAUUCAGACGUGGAAGGUCUGAUCCUUGGAGAGAGUAAAUUUGAAGAGCAGAUCACCAUCAGUGACUCUCAGGCUGAUCACAUUCACAUCGAGGAAAUAUACAAUGUCCAGAAGCACAUCGCCUGCCACAAGCUGAACCACUUCUAUAACAGCGUAGGAGAGGUGAACGUGGAUGCAGUGAAGAAGAUCCUGGCUGACAAUAAGCAGGAGAGCGUGAUCGGUUGGUACCGCCAGCGGAGGAACACGGAUCAACAGAUGACGUUCAGGGAAAGGAUCGUCCAUGAGAAGCUGAAGAGCGCUCUGUCCAACCCUCACAUGAUCUUCCUGCUGCUGACGCCCAGCAAGUUAACGUCUCCGUCGCCGGGGUCCACCCACAGGAUGGAGUACGCCGCCUUCAUCUCACGCAGCAGGCGUUUCAUCAAUGUUCCCGUACUGGUCAACAAUCUGGGUUUACUGGAGCAGCUGGCGUACUGGAAGGUGUCUGCUUCGUGUUCAGCUGUCGGUUACAACGUCACCAUGAAGAAACACGGCUCUAAGUUCUUCUCCUCCAACGGGUUUCUGAGAGAAGUCAACGAAAUGAACAAGAUGAACGAUUCUCUGCAGUCGGAGCUGCAGAAAGCGUGCAGCGACGUGGAGGAGAGCGAACGGCUGCUGGAAACUCUGCUGGCAGACGUUGCGGCUCUGAGGAAGAGAGUCAGCGAGAAGAAGAAGCAGAGCAGAGCAGAUAAAAACGCAGAUUCUCGUCCAGCCGAGCAGAAGAACAACCUUCGGCUGCACGAAGCCGUCCGAGCUCUGUUCGCCUGCUCGCCUCUCUUCCGCACUCAGACUUUAACCGUGGAGGCGUUUCCUGUACCGGACGUCUCCUGCGUCACCGGGACGACGACGACGACGAACACGACCGACCCUGAAACUCCAGCCGCUCAGGAAACGCCCCCCUCCUCCUCCUCCUCCUCCUCCUCCUCCUCCUCCUCCUCCUCCCCGCCGCCGCGUCCCGGCAGCGCGACUCACUGUAGGAAAAGGUUGAAAGAAACUCCGCCGGGCAGGGAGAGGAAACGCAGGAAAAGUAGAUCCUGAUGUGGAAAAUACGUUUGUUAUUGAUGGAAACUGGACGCCAUCUUGUUUUUUAAUCCGUUAAAUUAAAAUAAACAGCGGAAGUUUAUCGUUGUUUAAAAUGUUUCCUGAUAAAGAUCUUUUGUUUAAAUAA